UUAAUCGAUCGCGGAGCUGCAGGAUCGAUCAUCGGGACACAGGGGUCUGUUUUUCAGCCACAAUGGUUUUCAACCGGUUCUUACUGAGAGCUGCUCUCGACAGCAGAGUUGGAUGCAGGUCAAUGUUCACAGGCAGCAGGCCGGACACUGUCAACCCCAACUGGCUGCGAGUUGGACUUGCCAUUGGAAGUUCGGUUUUCCUUUGGGGCCUGCUCUUCAGGCAGCACAGCACAGACGUGCAUGAGUACAAAGUUAGAAAUGGACUGGAAUAACCCAACAUGCUGGUAGGGGCUCGUCGCGUCCUCUGGGAUUCACCCGUUUCUCCACUUGUUUCUUUUUCCACUGCUCCUGAUUCCUGUGUUCUCUGUAAAAUAAAGAUAUAUUAUUUCAAAUGA